AUGACUUUUCGCGAAAAAGUGAAGCGAGUUUUUCAUCGCUCGUCCAGCAGCACCAGUCAAGUCAAUGGAAGACCCAAAGUGGAAUAUUACCGUCGUCAUGAAGUGCCUCCAUCCAAAUUUCGUGGUCCCUUUGAUAAGGAACACCAAAAACGUUUAGCGGCUUGGUCGUUCGACCGCGCUAUGGUCGACCGCCCACGUUCAUUGGACUUGGAUCUCUCUCCCUACGCUACUUAUGAAAAUCCUUGCGACUCUGAUGAUAUGGGUGAUAUCUCUCCCGACGACGAUGGUGUUGCAUUACAUCCAGACUUCUCGGAUUCUCCUGUCUCCCCAAUCGAGAUCCCCACCGAUUCCCCCCGCCCCACAUACGCGGGCUCGCAAUCAUCAACCCUCAUCAACUCGGAUAGCUACAGUGGUUCGGUGAUGACUCUCUUCCAAGAAGGCUCUUUCUAUGAGAUCCCAGAGGACCCGAUCGCCCAGUUAAAAGAAUCAGUUCGUUACACUUCACCCAUUGUACGCGCUAUGUCGCCCGCCCCCAAGGCUCCGAUGGCGACCGCCGCCACCAAACAACUCCCUUUUGCGCCCGAGGACCUCACCCGCGCUCUGAUCGGAUUGCAGGUCUGCACGUAA